CGAAAAUAUCAGAACCAAAGUUACAUAUCUAAUAAAAUCAAGCGAUUUGAAUGAAUUACAUUGAAUCACAUCGAAGACCAAUAGAUACGAAGUUAAACAGACUGGAGAUGGGCGAUGGACGUAGCAUGGAGGACCACCAUCAUCUGGACAAUCAAGCACGGCGAGUACGACGAGGUGGAGCGCUUUUUCCUGGCCGGAUUCCAUGAUGUCCAAGAUCGCUGGCUCACAUAUUUUGAAUGUCUACUAGACAUUGUCUACACAAGUUCAAGUAUUUUGUAUCUGUUUCGCUAGUGAAAUGGCUCUGCUACACCGCACUGUUUUAUUGGUUAAUGUUGGGAAGUAUUUACAAUCGGGGUCAGUGACAAACAGUAACAAGUUGGUAUCCGUAACAAGUUAGUGACCAAUGGCGAGCA